UAAUUUCGUAGCAAUAAAAAGCAACAGCAGAAGCAGGACGGCACCCGUUUUAUUUUGCCUUUAAAAUUGUUAACUAAACAAGUUAAAUAUAUAUAUUAAACCUUAAGUUUACAACGCGUUGUGACUAAGCCAGUGUACUAAUGUCCAUAACCUUACUGCGAGGUGGCAAGCAAAAGACAACCACUUGCGUAGGAAUGACCGUAAUGGCCAAAACUACGUUUGAAGAAAUAUGCGAGAAUGCCAAAUUAGCCAGAGAUAUGGCCAUGACGGGUAACUACGAUUCGGCCUGCAUUUACUAUGAGGGACUCCAAGGAAUGUUGGGUCGUUUACUUAAAAGCACUGCCGAUCCGAUGCGUAAGGGUAAAUGGAAUAUGUUCAAUCAUCAGAUUAGCCAGGAGCAUGCCAAAGUCAAGGCCAUACAACGCACAUUGCAGGACAUUUCAUUGGACUUUCAGAACACAAAAUUUGUCCAGAAAUUGCGUUCACAGUCGAACAGUGAGGAGAGUAAUAGCAAUUAUAAAGAUCCCGCCGCCUGGUUUAAACCCGAUCCAGAUAUAUGGACACCACCACCAAAAGAUCCAGAUGUCUGGGGUCCACCAAAGCAACCAGCUCCAACUCAGACAGUGGGCCGACGAGCAAAUGCAACAAAUAGUCGACGUACCACCAAUUCAAGCAAUUCCGCAUCAACACAGCAACGAAUCCCACAGAGUACAACCAGAAACGGUCCAAACGCCGCACGAAAUGCUCGUUCAUCGAAUAGUGCUAGAUCCACCAACAGCACCACUGCCUCCACCACCAGUAAUGGACGACGUAAACUGUCCACAGCGAACAACAAUGAGGUCAAAGAUGACGACUCGGCCGCUGCUUCCAAUGGGGCAAAUGGAGGCGAUAAUGGCGAACCUGAUUCACAAACUGGUGGAGCCGAUGAAGAGCGUAAAUUUCAGCCAAACAAUCACAUUGAAGCUGAACUGGUGGACAUUUUGGAGCGUGAUAUUCUACAGAAGGAUCCAAAGGUUCGCUGGAGCGAUAUUGCCGAUCUUCAUGAUGCCAAACGAUUGCUUGAAGAGGCUGUGGUUUUACCCAUGUUGAUGCCUGAAUAUUUCAAGGGCAUUCGUCGACCUUGGAAAGGUGUGCUAAUGGUCGGCCCACCUGGCACUGGUAAAACAAUGCUGGCCAAAGCGGUGGCCACCGAAUGUGGCACGACAUUCUUCAAUGUCAGCUCGGCCACUCUCACCUCCAAGUAUCGCGGUGAAUCAGAAAAAAUGGUGCGUUUGCUCUUCGAGAUGGCUCGAUUUUAUGCACCCAGCACCAUUUUCAUUGAUGAGAUCGAUUCCCUAUGCUCACGUCGUGGUUCCGAGUCCGAACAUGAAGCCUCUCGUCGCGUCAAAUCCGAAUUGCUGGUACAAAUGGAUGGCGUUGGCGGUAGCGAGGAGCAGGCAAAAGUAGUUAUGGUGCUGGCAGCCACCAAUUUUCCCUGGGACAUUGAUGAGGCAUUGCGUCGUCGUUUAGAGAAACGUAUCUACAUACCAUUGCCGUCUGAUGAGGGACGCGAGGCAUUGUUGAAAAUCAAUUUGCGUGAGGUGAAAAUCGAUGAGAGUGUCGAUCUAACAUAUGUGGCUAAUCAAUUGAAGGGUUAUUCGGGAGCGGAUAUCACAAAUGUUUGCCGUGAGGCCAGCAUGAUGUCGAUGCGUAGAAAAAUCGCUGGCCUAACACCCGAACAGAUACGACAAUUGGCCACCGAGGAGGUAGAUCUGCCAGUGUCCAAUAAGGAUUUCAAUGAGGCCAUGAGUCGUUGCAACAAGAGCGUAUCGCGUGCAGAUCUAGAUAAAUAUGAGAAAUGGAUGAUGGAGUUUGGCUCAUCAUGAUGGCGUUACCCUUACUGGGCGAUACGAGUAAUAAAGAUCUUAAUCUAAAAAAAAAA